ACAGAAUUGUUACAAAUACUACUGAAAUGGAUAACGAUUAAGUAAGCAGCAAAUAACUAGUAAUAAUAAAAUUACCGCAUCCAUGGAAACCAAAAACAAGCCAUUAUUUCCACAACUCGUUGACCUGCUGCGUACAACCUACUUAGCUAACGUUGGCUGUGCCAGGUUUAGCUUUGCCAUCAUCGCGAACUAAGCAAAGUAACGAUAACUGUUUCAGAAACUAUCGUAAAUUAGCAGCUACUCUGGUUUGUUAGCUUGCAUUUUCCAGGUUAGCUAUCCUUCAGGUGAUUCCUGUAGAUUCGUCGAAAUCGGCGAUCAUGGCAGCAGACAAGGCGCUACACCAACAGACCAGUUACCGGAUUUGGGCCUACGCUCAACACUGAAGCCUCGGAGUCGCAGUCCCCACGGCAGCCUUAAAGGGACGACAUUUCUCGGACUACUAGCUACUUAGCAAGCUAGCAUUAGCCAAGAAACGCGAGUAACCACGUCCCAUCAAGAGACGGCUACAACCCUUGCGUUCUCGCCAAAACAGUAAAGAUUUGGUUACCACUGAACAGCGCACUGCGGAUCCUGUACUAAGGACAAUAGACAUGUACGACAGCCUCUGGUAAAUUCUGGAAGGCGUAUCCUAGACAGAGAGAGAGGAAGCAGCGUCUGGUUACUGAGCGCAGGAGGAAAGCUCUCUAAACCUCUGUCCCUCAGAAGAGUUCUGUUUCGAGAACUUCUGCGUUAUUGGUGCGAUUCCACAAGCCCUAACCAGGCCCAGUCCCCGGCCCCCGGCUCUCUCUGCAGUGACAGGCCUGCUGACAGGUUCUGCUUUUGGGCACAUGGGGGCCCCCUGCACCCAGACGGGGUCCUGCUGAUCCGUGGGGGUGCACCGCUUGUACCCGGAGCCUGGCCCAGAGGUGCUUAAAGAGAGGACAUGUCGUGCUACGAGGUGGAGAAGGACGGUGCGGAGGGGGCCUGCUGUGGGGCGGAGCUCUCGGGCUGCGCCGCGGCCAUGGAGAAGGACUCGGGCCUCAGCUUCACCGAGAGCGAGCACACCCUGACGUCCUCCAGCCUGGCGGGGGGGGCGCAGCCGGACCUGCAGGGCUACGACGUGGACUUCGACCCCCCCCUGGAGAGCAAGUACGAGUGCCCCAUCUGCCUGAUGGCGCUGCGGGCCGCCGUCCAGACACCGUGUGGACACCGCUUCUGCCGCGGCUGCAUCGAGAAGUCCAUCCGGGACGCGGGACAGAAGUGCCCCGUGGAUAACGAGGUGCUGACGAUGGAGCAGCUCUUUCCAGACAACUUUGCCAAGCGCGAGAUCCUGUCGCUGACCGUGUGCUGCCCCAAUACCGGCUGCGGCCACAAGAUGGAGCUCCGCAACCUGGAGAACCACGUGGGGCAGUGCCAGUUUGCCACGCUGCCCUGCCCGCUGUGCCAGGUGUCGGUGUGGAAGAACAUGCUGGACGAGCACAAGGCCCACGAGUGCUCCCGGCGCACCGUGUCCUGUCCCGACUGCAUGCAGACCUUCUACUUCGAGGAGAACCAGGUGCACGAGCAGAUGUGUCCGCUGGCGAACGUGGUGUGUGAGUACUGCAGCAUGGAGAUGAUCCGAGAUCAGCUGGCCUCUCACUGCGACACAGACUGCCUGAAAGCCCCGGUGGCCUGCACCUUCAGCUUCUUCGGCUGUCAGGAGAGGAUGCAGCGUAAUGACCUGGCGCAGCACAUGCAGGAGUUCACGCAGAUGCACAUGCGCAACCUGGCCGAGUUCCUGCGCAGCCGGAGCCUGCUGGAGGCGGGGCCUGCGGCGGCGGGGGCGGGGCUUGCGGCGGCGGUGGGGGGGGCGGGGUCGGCGGCCGCGGCGGCGGCGUCCUGCGGGGCGUCCUGCGGCUGCCGCCCCGAAAUGCAGCACAUGCGGGAGACGGUGCAGCAGCUGGAGGCGCGGCUGGUGCGGCAGGACCACCAGCUGCGAGAGCUGCGCAUCCACAGCGAGACGCAGGCGGCGCAGCUGGGCGAGCUGCGCAGGCAGACGCGCGCGCUGGAGGACGCCGCCCGCGAGCUGGAGGCCCAGCAGUGCCAGGGCGUGUUCGUGUGGCGGGUGGAGGGCUUCUCCACCCACCUGCGCAGCCAGGAGGCCGGCCAGCCCGUGGUCAUCCACAGCCCCGGCUUCUACACGGGACGUCCCGGCUACAAGCUGUGCCUGCGGCUGCACCUGCAGACCCCCACCGCGCCCCGCUGCUCCAACUACAUCUCGCUGUUCGUGCACACCAUGCAGGGCGAGUUCGACAGCCAGCUGUCCUGGCCCUUCCAGGGCACCAUCCGGCUGGCCAUCCUGGACCAGGCGGACGGGCAGCCCCACGUGGAGGUGAUGGAGACCAAGCCCGACCUGCUGGCGUUCCAGCGGCCCACGUCCCCGCGCAACCCCAAGGGCUUCGGCUACGUGACCUUCCUGCACCUGCAGGCCCUGCAGCAGGGCCACUUCGUGCGGGACGACACCCUGCUGGUGCGCUGCGAGGUCACGCCCCGCUUCGACGGCCAGCGGCGGGACAGCUUCCAGCCGCGCGGAUCGGAGGGCUCGCUGUGACCCGCCCAGAAACCGGCCCGUCCCGCCCCCCCUCUGACCGGCCUCCGGGCGGAAAUCGGCCUCGCGAAGCAAAGAGAGGCUGAGUCUGCGGAUCGCCGUCACUGCAGGGAUUAACUCCACACCCGCGUCUGACACCCCCCCCCCCCACCCACCAUCACUGAGGAGGCCAGAGCAAGGCAUGCUGGGAUACCACCCAAAGCUGUGUGGCACCAAGACAGUUAAAUCUGAGAACCAGACAGACUGCCGUUGGGAGGAAUUCGAACACGUAUGCCUAAUCCCAAUCUUCACUGCUGAAGGUAAUCCAGAUUAAAGUCCUUCAUGAGGUCAUGUUGGCUCGCAAUCAAUCACCGGUACCUGCCAGGCACAUCUUCAUCAUCAUCAUCAUCAUCAUCCUCAUUCCUGACUCAAGCUACUGUGAAGCACGUUCCUGAAUUACAGACUGUUUUUUUUACAUUUUUUCUUUUCUCUAACGGUACAGAUAUUAAACGGACAGUCAGUUCUUUCUUGCUGCACUUUUAAUUGAACUAAUCUGCUCACAUAAUACAAAUAAAUGUAUCUAUUGAUUGUUACAGAUACUGGUUUUGAGGAGGCGGCAGAAGUUAUGUGCUGUUCUGUUGCCGUUCUCAAAGCCGGCACAGGUUAGUGUUUCUGACAGAGGCCAACAUGGAAGUGUUCUCACUUAUAUUUCUGAUUCUGUGGUUGUCGUCGUCGUCGCUGUGGGGGAGCUAUAGCAACCACAGCCUUAUGAUGGGAACACUAAAGAGAGAAGGUGCUAACGCCAGGCGCCGCCCCCUCCCCAGCUAGCGUCUAAUGGAUCGCCACCGGCUCUAAAUCCCAUUAGCAGGGGGUUAGCGGGGUUAGCGUCGUUAGCGCGGAGGGCUGGUUUAGGGGGAGGGCUGGUUUAGGGGGAGGACCUGGCCGGCCGCGGGAUCAGGGUCUGAAUCGGGUUCCCUAAAGCUCCUUAUGUGCUCCAGGGACCACGAAUAGAUCAAAGGCUGGUCACUGUCCGAGCGGCACGGGCUUUAAACACGCGCGGGGGGGGGGGGGGGCGGGAUGACGCCGGAGGUGACCUUUCCUCUUUCAAAAGACACGACGGGAGGGAGGGAGGGAGAGAGAGGGGGAGGGAGGGAGAGAGAACGAGGGAGGGAGAGAGAGGGGUGCAAGCAGACUCUCUUCCGAGCUCACGAUACCAAGGAGAGAUGUUCCAGCAGCUUGGAAGUAUUAUUCAAAGUCAAAAUAAAGAGUUCCUUUGCUGCAGUCCUUUAGCCCGAAAGCUCAAUCGUACUUAUUUAAUUUCAAGAUUUAAACCUUUGUGUGUCUAAAAAUGUCUUUGUGUGUCUAAAAAUGUUUGUGUGAGGGGUUUGUACAACUUUCGAGACAAUUUUUUUUUUGCAUCAUCCACUGGAAAUAAACGUUUCUGCAUUGUU